AUGGCAGCCCUCACCAUGAACAGGACCUGGAGAAAGUUCUUUGAUGAGAUGAAGGAGUUUAUAUGGAACCCCAAAACUCGGGAGUUCAUGGGGCGCACCGGCAGCAGCUGGGCUCUGAUCAUCAUCUUCUAUUUGGUGUUCUAUGCUGUCCUCUCCGGAAUCUUUGCUCUCUGUCUGUUUGUGAUGCUGCAGACCAUCGACGAAAAUUAUCCAAAAUAUGAAGAUCGACUAUUAAAUCCAGGGUUAAUGAUCAGACCCAACAUACAGUCCCUACAGAUCACGUUUAAUGGACAGAACAGUACCUGGCAGCAGUAUGUUGAUGGCAUCGAUUCUGCUCUGCAAGGUUAUGACCAAUUCACCCAGCAGCAAAGAGGCAUCAAUUGUGCAUUCCAAGACUACUUCAAACAGGACAACAUCACUGCCCCCAAGCAAGCUUGUCAGUUCACACGGGACCUUCUAGGUAGCUGCUCCGGGCUGAAUGAUACCUCCUAUGGAUAUGCCAAUGGAAUGCCAUGUGUGCUCAUCAAAAUGAACCGGGUGGUAAGUUUCAUCCCACGAAUCAUCCCGGGCUUCUCCAACACCUCCAUCACCAUCAACUGUACCGCCAAGAACGACAAUCUCCUGGGCAGCAGAGUCUACUUCCCCAGCACCAGCCAGGGCCUGGGCAGCAUCGACCUUAAGUACUACCCCUACUAUGGAAAUCGGGCACAGCCAAACUACACCCAGCCGUUUGUGGCGGUGCAAUUCCUGAACCUGACACAAAACAUAGACCAUCAGGUGGAAUGUUUUGUGAACGCUGCCAACAUCAUCACCAAUGACGACCGGGACAAAUUCCAAGGACGAGUGUGCUUCACGUUGCAGUAUAAGUCUUAG